AUGAGUGAUAGUGAUUCAAAUAUUAGAGGCUCAAAGAAGAAGGUUUCAUGCAAAAAGCUUGGAGGGUAUCUCAAAGAACAAAAAGGAAGAUUAUACAUUAUUAGAAGAUGUGUUGUUAUGCUUCUUUGUUGGCAUGACUAA